UACAUAACCACAAUGACAUUUUAAAACCGUACAACGUUACUGGCGUGUGGUUACUGUACAGGUUGGGGUACUCUGUAAGAUGACUGACAGGAUGGGAGGAGGAAAAGUUGCCCUUAUCACUGGAGCUAACGCGGGUAUUGGCCUGACUCUUGCGGAGAGACUCCUAACUAUACACAAAGACCUUCACCUUUGUUUGGCAUGUCGAAACAGACAGAGGGCGGAGACUGCUCGAAAAGUCCUGCUUCUCUCUCAUCCCAGAUCCCAGAUCUCCAUAGUAACGUUAGAUACCAGCAAUAUUCAGUCAGUCCUUUCAGCCAUCAGUGAUAUCAAGAAACAAUUUUCAAGGAUAGACUAUCUGUACCUCAAUGCUGGAAAGAUGAGUGUGAAGAAUUUAAACUUUUCUAACCUGUUUAAAUCCAUUCUGAAAAUGAACACCUUGUUUUUGUUUAACACCGGACAUGGGUUGCUAGUUCACUCAGAUGAACAAACUCCAGAGGGCCUUAUGAGCACAUUUGCUACAAACACUUUUGGACAUUUUGUUCUGGUAAAAGAACUGGAAGACAUCCUCGGAGGUACACAGUCUUCACAGAUCAUCUGGACAUCGUCUGUGGCUGGUGUUCGUUCAGCCUUUAACCCCCGCGACAUACAGGCCAGAAAUGGUAAGGAUCCCUACGGAUCUACUAAAUGUGUGAUUGAUACUACAAGUUUGGUGCUGAAUGAAAAAUUGAAAAGAAAGAAUAUCUACUCCCACACAACAUGUCCCGGACUAGUCCUGACCAAUAUGACCAAUGGUAUCUUAGCAUCGUGGAUCUGGUGGCUCAUUCUCCCCUUCCUGUAUAUUUUCCGGUUGGUGCUGGACCAUCUAAGUAUCGAUACCUAUCGAGGAAGUGAAUCUCUGGUAUGGCUGUCACAACAGGAGCCAGAUUGUCUGAAGACAGGUGUUAGGUACCACAGUUCCACUGAUGUUUGGGGGAGCACCACUGUUCUACCUGUACAGGUAAAUUUUACUUUGGAGGAGUCUUUUAAGGUAUAUGAAGAAAUGAACAACCUUUACAAAGGGUUCAAGGAGAAGUACAAGAGUCUGGAUAAAUGCGACAAAAGAAAGCAUCUGGUGACCUAGAUAUACACAAUUACAUUGUCUCAAGAUCUUCGAUUAAAUUGAUCCUACCUCAUUUGUGUUACGGAGAAAUUGUCAUCACAGGUUUUAACUUUCGUCUUUUUCGCCAUCCAUAAUUACAAGGAAUUUUACAUGAUAACGAAUAUAAGUACAUUGUAAUCUAUAUAACUAAUUACAUCUGAAGGGCAAAAUCAACACUGAGCAAAUAUCGAUUUUACCAAGUUGAAUCUUUGAAGGAACUGUGCUGUGAUACAUAGUGUGUUAUUCAUUUUGAAAUGUUGUAUUGAUAAGGUGCUGUAACUAAUUAGAUAUUGUAUUUAUAUAGAAUCUAGUAAUAUACCAGUUAAUGAGAUAAUAUGAGACAUCCACUUAGCCAAAUGCUUUCAGUUUCAAUAGAUGUAAAUUAAAUGGGGACUGACAUUUCAUUAAUAGCAAACUUGCCAACUCUCCCUAUUUUGGAGGGAGACUCCCAUUAUUGGACCCUAAAUCUGAACAGUUGAAAUCAGUAAACUUGCUAAACUAUUUGUAUAUUCUAAGAACUAACAAUUUUAUCUGAACGAACAACUCAAAACAUGCCAAUCUAAAGUGUUAUUUUGCCAGCAGUGGCUAUUUUCACAUAUAUUCUAUUUAUAUUUUUGAUUCUGAGCAUGCAGAAUCUAGAUCUUCCUCAUCGGAAAUUUCAAAACGUUGGCUAGUAUGUAAUAACUUAGAGGUUAAGGAAUGUAAACUGCAAGCAUUACUGCUAGACAACUGAUGAUAGUCAUACAAAGAUAGACCUGGUACUAUAGGUUGGUACUUGCUUUAUUCACUUUAACAAAAGAUGGUGCCAAAUGAAAAACCCAGCAAAUAUUAACACCAUUUAUUGCUGAAUAAUGAUGAUAAAAUAACAGUUUAAUAUUGUAUUUUGCUAUAUUUUCGAAAAACGAUUGUAAAAUAAAUCUCAUCAUACGAAGAUCAAAGUGAUCUCUCGGGUACGAUACUUUUUCCUGGCCAUGUUUUGCGAAAUUUAAUCCCGAUGAAGUAGUUCUGAUCAGAACACAACCGUGAAAUGUUAGCCUGGCAAAAUAUAAACCACUAUCAGUAUACCAUGUACUUCGCUUUUACUGGUAAAAAUGUAGACAGUCAAUAAUUAAGUUUUAUUAAUGAUUAAAAGAUUAAAUAAAUAUAUGAUAACUCAAGAGGAGAAUUGCCUAAUCUUAACAAGCAUCAGUAUGAUAUUUAAGAUUUUGCCAAAUAUAACAACUGGAAAGGAAAUCUUUUGUCUUUAAAGGUUGAUAAAAUCUCUUGCUUCCAUUUAUACUAAUUUGUUGUAAAAUAUAAAAUCAUCUAUGUAAAACCUUGUUUUGUCAUUGUAUUGAUAUCUUUAUUUAAAUAAAAAUAGAAGAAAACUAUUUCCAAAAUGUGUCUUUCAUCCAAUUGGAGAACAUUAUAGAAAUCAUGUUAAACUUUGUUAGUUUCUGAUGUUUUAGUAUAUUCUGUUAUUUUCAUUAAAGUGCUGUCUUGUCUGUCUAGUGUAAGCAUGAUUUCUACAUUUAGAAACGAAACAUAUUUAUGCUCACUUAAAUGAUCUGACUUUGCAUAUGACAAAGUUGUACAUUUGCUAAAUAUGAUGAAAUUAUAUUUUGAUUGUCAAAACUUUAUUCUUGUGAAUCCAUAUCUGUUGUUUGUUUUUGUGUAGAUAAUUGGUCUGAUUCUAAAUACAAUUAACUUCAUUUGUAUUGGACUUAAUUUAUUUGUCAAAUGAAAUGAAACAGUUAUAUUUGGUUGAUGAGCUUGAUGUUUUGAGCUUUGGCUCGCCUGUCUUCCACAAUUGGCCAGAAUGAAUGGAGAUAUUUUACUUUGAAAGUCAAAUGCCAUGAAAUUCAUUUCGGCCAAGCUUCAUUACUUUCCAUAGUAAUACAUUCAUUUUUUGUUAACAGUUUAAAUAUACAUUGUCUAGAAUAAUAUAAUUUUAAGAUGAACAGUUUGUCCAGUAAAAUGAUACAUGUAUUUUAA